GGGCGCUGGGGAUGCGUCCGACCGCAGCUCGCACUCCGUCGCGAGGACAGGCUGGACAGCCACCAGAGGCUUUAUCAACCCCUACGCGGCUCCAGUGGACUAGCCCAAGCCGCCAUGAAGCCUCAGUACAACGUCAAGCUCACUUUCGACAAGACCACUCGCAAGCUUCCCUUCGCCUCCCAGCCAACCUGGGUACAACUCGCAAGCCGCAUCGAGUCCCUUUACCGCAUUCCCGCGCAUGCAGCCGCAGUCAAGUACACAGACGACGACGGCGACGAAGUCACCAUCAGCACGGAGGAGGAGCUGCAGGACUACUACGAGGCCCUGGGCACGGAUGCGGUGAUCAUCAAGCUCGUGGUGUGCAAGCUCCAGGACGCGCCCAAGUCAACGGCCGGAGAUGGGGAUGAUGCCCGAAAGGGUCAUCGGAAAGAUCUUCAGCAGGAGGGCGAACCUUCAGAUUCCGACGAGUCUGCCGAUCAGGGCUCUGACCGCGGCUCUGGAUCUGUACCUGCACCCCAGCUCAAGGGCUUCACUCACAAGAGCAAGGCCGAGACUGCCCAUGGGCAUGGGACACACAAGUCGCCACCGACCACCAUUGCCCCACCUGAGCAGGAUGCCACUAAGCGCGGAGGCAAGCGCCCCAAGGGUCGCAAGGGUGGACGGCAGGUGUCACCUCCAGCCACCGACUACGUCGUUCCUGCGAAUCGGACUCGCGGCGAUCGUCAUCAGGCAUCGCCUCCUAGCCGCAACCGUGGCAUGGAGCAGCCCAUCUCCAGCGCGCGGGGUCACCAUCAUCACCACAAAGAGCAUGACGAUGUUGACGAUGAUGCGGACGAUGAUUCCGAUGGCGACGAUGCUGAUGAUGACGAUGACGAGGGAAAGAACAAAGGAAAUUCCUUCACCUUGGAAGUCGACGUCAACGGCAACAGCACCAGCAGCAGCGACUCCGGAUCUGACGACGACGAGGCCGAUAACAACCCCGGCUUCGGGAACGAUUUCGGUCACCGUCGUCGCGGAGAGAAGCGCGGUCGACACAACAACCGUAACUCUCAGCAGGACUUCUCUGCACCCUUCGGUGGCCAGGACUUGGGCUCGUGGCCCAACAACAACUUCGCCCCCCAACCCCCGAGCUGGGACCCGUUCACUAACGGCAGCUUCGGUGGCUCCUUCUCGUUCUCGGGACAGGGCCAUGGCCAUAACAGCCAUGCACGAGGAUCGAGCCGUGGAGGUGGGGAGCCGAACUCACCGUUCGGUGGAUUCAACUUCGGCACUUGGCAGCCCCAGCCGACUCCCCUCACGGAGAUGAUGGCGAGCUUGAACUCGUGGCGCCGGUAGGCGGUGUUCGUGGCGGACUUGUGGAUCGAUGCUUGAACUUUAUGAUUGUAUGCCUUUCCCUGAUACCCAACAACUCGACUUCACUGAACG